AAGGAUGGAAAGCAAAACAAAUGGGCUAGAUAGUCAGUUGGUGAUGGGAAGAAAACUGGAUGUGCCACGUUAAAGGCCAGGAUAAAAGAGCCAGCUAUUAGCAAAAGCAGAAAAAUACUGUUCAAUUUCUGAGCUGUUUUUUCAACUGUAGCAUUUCUCAAAACUGCAUUUUGGAAUGCUGUUUUUGUUUUUCUCCUUUCAGACUGCAGCGAGCUUCAGAAAUCAACCAUGGGCAUUAAAGGUUUACAGGGAUUUGUGGCGAGAGUUUGCCCUGAUGCAUGCAGAAUGGUAGAUCUGAAAGAGAUGGCAGAAAAACACCGCAUCGAUCAUCCAGAUGUCACGCCUACUAUUGUAGUAGAUGCCAUGAGUUGUGUUCGACGUUGGUACACACCAGAAUCCUGGGUGUGUGGUGGCCAGUGGCGAGAGUACCUUACUGUUUUAGAGGAUUUCAUUGAAACUUUUAAAGCAGCUGGUAUCGAGUUGGUGUUUUACUUUGAUGGAGUGGUAGAAGAGAAAAAGAGAGAUGAAUGGAUCAAACGGAGGCAGCAGAAUAACAAGGAAAUAGCCAACCUAUUUCAGUUUAUCAAGACUCACAGGAAACAGCCGGGGAGAGGAAUGUUCGUUCUUCCCUCAGCUCUGCCUACUUUUACACGGUUUGCUCUAAAGUCACUUGGUCAAAAAACAGUGUGCACAUUGCAAGAGGCAGACUUUGAGGUGGCUGCAUAUGCUUUGCAACAUAACUGCAUGGGAAUUCUUGGGCAAGAUAGUGACUACCUCAUCUAUAAUACAUCUCCCUAUUUUUCCAUUGAGAAGCUCUGCUUGGACAAAUUAGUCACUGUUAUGUACUCCAGAGAAGAUCUUUGCCGUGCGCUAGGUCUUAAUAUGAUGCACCUUCCUCUCUUUGCUUGUUUGCUUGGCAAUGAUGUUGUUCCAGAAAACUUGCUGGAAGGCUUCUGGCAUAAAUGUUUAGUCAUCUGUCCCUCCAGGAAUAAGAGCUACAACAGAAGAACGAGCAUAAUUCUAGCUGUAGCGAAUUAUAUCUCCAAAAUUCAAUGCUUAUACAGCAGCCUGAAACACUUGGAAGAUAUGCUACCUCUGGGAUCAGACAAGACAUUACUUUACAGAGGAAUGGAGUCCUAUCUUUUGCCAGGGCAGCAGUCUCCAUGGAUUCCUCCUGAUGCAAGAAAUGUCAAAAUGUUCUCAGGUCAAGAAGAAACAGCCAUGUGUCGAGAUAAGGAAAUCUUUCAGUUAGCUAAAGAACAUCACAUCCAAUCUGAAAAUUAUGCAAUCUUCAAUAUCCUGAGUAAUGGAGUGCUUGAGUGCAGCAACUCUUUGGAAGAUGAUUGUGAUACAGAGAUUCCUGGACAGGCACUCAUCUAUCGCCCUGCUCGUCAGCAUAUUUAUUCUGUCUUGUUGGAAUCAGAAGGAGAUGGAGCCUGUCCUAUGGUAAAAGAAUGGUUUGUCUAUUGUGGAAAUCCUCUACAGCAGCCAGACCUGAUACAACCUGUGCAGCCCUCUAUUCCAGGUGGAACACCUAAUUUGAAAACACUGUGGUUUGCCAAAGGACCUGACGUGGAAAAGCAACGGUACAGUACAUUUCUGUCAUGCUUUCACCUUCAGGAUUCAAUGGAAGAGCUCCAAGCUCUAGAAGCACCUGUUGCAGCAUUCUGCUGCUUGCUGACCUACCUUAUGCUGCAGGUCAGUAGUCUCUCUCUGGAAGACUUAAAUGCAUUUGUGGCACUCAUUCUCUGCCUCAGAGGAAAGUCAGCUGCUGAACUGGCAAGUUUGCAGCUUGUGCAAGUGGACUCCAGAGCUGUACAUCUCGGUGCUGUUUUGGUUCGUGGCCUUACAACAUUGCUCAUGGCCAAUAGUGCCUGUGGCUUUCCAUUCAGAAUGGAUGAUUUGAUGCCCUGGAAAGUGUUUGAUGGAAAACUUUUUCAAGAAAAAUACCAAAAGUCACACCGAAGUUGCUCUUUGGAGGAGCUUUUGGAAGGCAAUGAGUCUUUGUAUACACCCUUCCAGAAUCUGAAGUCACUCAUUUGCAAGGUUUGUGCAGUGAAGAAAAGAACAAUACAGAGCAGACCAAGAGGAAAUGGAUUUACCACAGGAACACACCGAAGAGAACUAAAUCCUAUGUUCCAGCAAUCACACAGAAGCUCCUUUAUUUCUCCAUAUCAUAAUCAAAUGAGGGGCAACCUCUGGAGAAAUCCUCAACCACAAGGUAGAAGAUACAGAUCAGGACAUCCAGACCAGAGGAGAAGAUUCCACGUUCCUCCUUGGUAAAGAAUAAAUGUGAUGAGCUAGCAGACUGCGAUGGUGGGAUAGUUGCUGUUGAGAUUGUUUUUUUGUCUGUGAGAGCCUCUCACAAACUUUACAGAAUAACUGAACCAUAUGACUGCAGAAGAAAUGGCUCAAAGCUGAGGGUAUUUAGUAUGUGAAUCCCUUGCUGUGUCUGAACUUGCUAUGAGACCAGAAUCACGGAACUAAGGUUAAUGGCACCAGCUGAAGAAGAGUAUUAUCCAGGUGUCGUUACAUAAUUUUGUACCACUGACAAUGGAAAUUCUAAAGCACUUGUACCACAUCAUAAGAUAUUCCUGACUAUUCUAGUUUUGUAUACUCCAAGAGUUUGCUCAUCAUGAAUCACGUGGAAUAUUCAUGCUGAAUUGUUGUUUGUGUCUUGGGUGGAUUAUAUCUUAAUCUUAAGGGUAAUGCCAUUGGUACUGAAACCUGUUGAAAAGUUUGAAAGAUGUCAUCACUGUUGCCAUGUAAAUAUCACCAGCCAGCAAAACAAAAUGAUCUUCCUGUAAAAUGCAGUGCUUUCUUGAAACAGCCAGAAACUGCUGUUGCUUUUGGUACUUAAGCAAUUCUCUCAUCUGAAUGUGCAGAAUGAACCACAACACUGCCGAGGAGAGAAAGAAUCUGAGUCUUGUCCUGCCCUACUUUGGCAAUAAAUAAUACUUAUAAGAACCAGACUUUUCCCUAUCCAAAAUCUCAACAAUAUAAUUGAAAAUUGUCUUCAUCUAUGUAAUCCUCAACAGUUUCAUUUUCUUAGGUUUCUAGCGAUCUUUUAAUAGGCUUGACUCAAGUGGAUGUUUAUGGAACUGAUUUCCUUUGUUUAUGUGCUUUGUAAUCAUCAUAUCUUUAGUUUUGUACUUCAGCAUUUUCAGUAUAAUAAGUCAUAUCAUAAUCUCUGUAUGGGAAGUAUAUAAUGAAAGGAAAAUGAAAGUUUGAUAAGACUGAGCAGCAGAAAUGAAUAAAGGAUAUACAAAGAUGGAGGCAAAAUGUUAAAAGGAAGUUUUAUAAUCUGGUACAGCGUACAGAUUUUCACAGGACUAACAAACCAUUCAGUGCCUUUUAUCUGGCUUGAAUUUGUACACCUUUGGCAUCCACCUAUUAUUUUCUGUCUAAAUUCCUUUGAUUUCCUUUUAUUUAGGGAUUAUUUUUUUUUUAAAGGAAAUUCAAAAUAGUACUUUUCAGGCACAUGUGGCUUUCGUGAGCAGUUUGCUAUUGAAACUUUUUACAGAACUUUUUGUUACUAGAAUUGUUUCAGUGUUGAUGUUUGUGUGUCUUAUUUGACUCCUCACAACUGUUGAUCUUUUAGGUUGCCCAGAUGACGCUACUCAAUACUGGAAUUGGAUGAAAAUAUAAUUUUCUUAUGUGUCUUUUUCUGAUUGUAAGACAAUAAAUACAUACUUUUGUACUCUGUGUAUAGCAACAACUAAACAAAUAAAUUGACAGCAACA